AGUUGUUGUGUGGUGCGUUUGGUUUUCCCCCUAGAGGGCGCCACAGAGGUGGAGCUUAACGACAUUGAGGCUCAGAUCGGCUGCAGACUCCCAGACGACUACCGCUGCUCGUACCGCAUCCACAAUGGACAGAAGCUGGUGAUCCCGGGGCUGAUGGGCAGCAUGUCCCUGUCCAACCACUACCGGUCGGAGGUCUUGCUGGACGUGGAGACGGCGGCCGGAGGGUUCCAGCAGAGAAAGGGGAUGAGACGCUGCCUCCCGCUCACCUUCUGCUUCCACACGGGGCUCAGCCAGUACAUGGCCCUGGAGCCCGCUGAGGGGCGCCGGAUGUUCGAGAGCUUCUACCCCUGCCCCGAUCAGACAGCUCAGGAUCCUUCAGCCAUCGACAUGUUCAUCACAGGUUCCUGUUUCUUGGAGUGGUUCACGUCGUACGUCCAGAACGUCGUCACCGGAGAGUAUCCGAUCAUCAGAGACCAGAUCUUCAGGUAUGUGCACGAAAAGGGUUGCGUUGCGACCACCGGAGACAUCACGGUCUCCGUCUCUACCUCCUUCCUGCCCGAGCUUUCCUCCGUCCACCCGCCGCACUUCUUCUUCACCUACCGCAUCAGAAUAGAGAUGUCGAGCAGCGCCUCGCCCGAAGCCGCCUGCCAGCUCGACAGCCGCUACUGGAAAAUCACCACCUCCGACGGCAACGUGGAGGAAGUCCAGGGUCCCGGCGUGGUCGGAGAGUUUCCCGUCAUGACGCCUGGGAAGGUCCACGAGUACGCCAGCUGCACCACCUUCUCCACGCCGUCAGAGUACAUGGAGGGUCACUACACCUUCCACAGACUGGCCAAUAAAGAGGAAGUUUUCCACGUGGCGAUACCUCGCUUCCACAUGGUCUGCCCGCCGUUCAGAGAGCCCGUGGUUCGAACGCAGAAGGCGGCGGCCAGCUACACGUCCCGCUUCGACGACGACGACGGCGACGGCGAGUACUGCGACGGAGACGGCGACGACUUCAGCGACCUGAGAGGAAUCAACAUGGCCGCCUUGGAGGGAGCGUGGUGCCCGCGACACAUCUGACCUCCAUCUGUAUCGCCAUGGGAACCGAACGUGACUGUCUGUCGUUCAGGUGCGGUCGAUGACGGUGAAACCUGAAGGACUGACAGACAGCAGGGGAUUCUGGGACAGGUAACCGGAGCCCUACGAGGGACAGAGUCACGUCCAGCUGCCAAUCAAACGAAAAAGAAAAGUGAAUGAGGUGCAGUUUUAUAUCCGUUUUCUUGUUUUCUCGUUACACUACGAAACUGUCAGAUAAGCUCGUAUGGGACAAUGGCGCCAAUGGCGCCGCCUUCGCUUUGAGGGAUUAUUUGUGGCGUCCGGUUGAGUCCGCCGGUUGCUUCGACUUCCCGUUUAGUCGUUUCAGCUGCUUCUGCAAAACGCUCCGAAAGAAAAAGUCUAAUAUUUUUUGGUAGAGGUUAAGAUUUGUGGUGGUUCUCCGUUAAAUUACGUUUAAACUCGUUUCCACUGCAGGAACCAAACGAUCCGCCAAACUGCUGCUUUUCCAAAAAGGCAAAACUUUGUGUUUAUGUGACGGACGGAAAAAGUAGAGCUGAUUUAAGUUUAUUCAUGAGUUACUCUGAAUCGCUGACUUAGUUCUCACAAAAUUAUGACUUUUUUUCUCAACAAAUUUAAAUGUUUUUCUCAAAACUUUGCGACUUUUAUUCUCGAAACGUUACCGUUUUCUCUCAACAACAUUAAGAUAUUUAUCUGGAAACAUGAACUCAUCUUUCUCUAAAAAAAGGACGCCUACCUCGAAACAUUGUGAAUUUUCUCUUGAAACACGACAACUUUUUUCUUGGAACACUAAGACGUUUUUCCUCAGAACUUGAAAACGUCUUUCUGGAAACAUUAUCUCUAUUUUCUUGAAAUAUUACUAAGUUUCCUCAAAAUAUUCAGACUUUUCAUCUCAAAUGAUGUUAUUUUGAAACAUGAAGACUUUUUAAAAAAAAAAAUUGACUUUUUCUCAAAAGAGUUUCACAGCUUCUCUCUACACUACAUGAGGCUUACGUAACGACUUUUUUCUCCUUUUUUCCUGAAAACGUAACAACCUCUUUUCUCCUGAAAAUAUGACUUUUCUCUUGACAUAUGACGCUUCUUUUCUCCUAAAAUUAGGACUUUUCUUUUCCAACUUUCCCUCAAAAUGUUAGACUUAGCGCCGUACGCUGUUUUUUGAUGUCUGAAACGGCUCUCGUUCAGGCAGUGGAAAUGAGUCUCUUAGUGGUGUCAUAUUUUCUUAAAUUACAGCUUUAUUUCUCCACAGUGUGAUAAUAUAGAGGAAACUGGAAACUUUACUUUGAAAGGGAGAAGGUUGCAGGGUGUUUCCUGGUCAUGUUUUGUGUUUCGGUGCUUCACUUUUUUUUUUUUAGACAUGAGUUUAAUAAUCGCAGAGUUUUUCUGUCCUCAGCUCGGUGCGGCUCGAGGACGCGUCGUCACUCUCUGGUGUUAUUGGUGGGUUUUUUUUGUAUGUUUUUGGGGUUUUUGGGGUUAAAUAAAUUACAAAUAUUGAUCGCUGCAGA